UUUUGAAUACUUUGACGUUGUUAACCAAACGGCUGAGCCCAGAAGAAGACGACGGACGGAGGCGCUGCUUUGCUCGCAUAACAGCCUUUCGCGCUUUGGGAUUUGCACAAUUGCACUUUCCCCUGAUUUCCAUUUCUGGGUUCAAUUUUAAAGAUAAAGAAUCCAAUCGCUAUUCCAAAAGCCAUAUACAAAGUUUCAGUUGUAACUCGUAAGUUGUUCCCUCGCCUCUUCUUCAACUCCACUUUUGACUCUCUCUCUCUCUCUCUCUCUCUCUCUCUUCAUUUAAGGCCAAAAAGGGGAAGUUAAGGAAGUCUCUUUGCUAUUUUACAAUGAAAGUGACCUUUUGCUUAUGAGAGCAUCUCAAUCACUUUCUAUACAUCACAACAAUUUGAGACUUUUUGGCAUUAUGCAUGUCUGGUCCUGUGGUCAUUGCUGAUCGUGUUGGAAGAGCGUUUUCGCUGUCAGAUAGGACGCAAUCUGUUGAUGCUCUAUUGCUUAAUGACAAUCACUUCAACAGCUUAACAAAUGGGGAAGUUUCUCUUUCGGAUGAUUCCAGUGGGUUUAGAGUUGGAGAGCUCUUGCUACGAAAUGGGGAAUGUUAUUCUGGGUCCCUGCUGGGCAAUAUACCCGAGGGCUCAGGCCAGUAUAUCUGGGCUGAUGGUUGUAGGUACGAGGGUGAGUGGAGACAUGGGAUGAGGCACGGUUAUGGGACACUUAGAUGGCCUUCUGGUGCUGUUUACGAGGGUGAAUUUUCAGGUGGGUAUAUGCAUGGUACAGGGACGUAUACUACUUCUAAUAAAAUGACCUACAAAGGCCGUUGGAAGCUGAACCUCAAACACGGUUUAGGAUCCCAAAUAUACCCCAAUGGUGAUGUAUUUGAAGGAUCUUGGAUCCAGGGUACUGCAGAAGGACCUGGUAAGUACGCUUGGGCUAAUGGGAAUGUGUAUUUUGGGAAUAUGAAAGGAGGGAGGAUGUCUGGGAAAGGAACUCUCACUUGGCUCAAUGGAGACACGUAUGAAGGAAGUUGGUUAAACGGUAUGAUGCAUGGUUUUGGUAUAUACACAUGGUGCGAUGGUGGCUGUUAUAUUGGAACUUGGACCCGUGGUCUAAAGGAUGGAAAAGGGGCAUUUUAUCCAAGAGGCAGCAGACUUCCUGCUGGGCAGGAAUUGUACCUUAAUGCACUGCGAAAAAGAGGGUUGCUACCGGAUUUAAGAAAACAUAAACAGGUUUCGCAUAUGCAUCAUGCCGUUUCAGUUGAUAUGGGGAAUGUUAAAGUGAUCGGAGACCAAGGGGCUCGCAAGGAUUCACCUGAUAAGCUCUCGAAAGGAAACCUUUUAAAUCUAGAGCAGUCUCGGACCACGAAUGUUGCUCUAGAAAGACGGUGGAGUCUUGAAGUAGCCAUUGAGAAAGUUAUUGGACGUGAUUUUGAGUCUGAAGUUACUGAUGAUGAUUUCAACACUCCAAUCUUGGAAAGAGAAUACAUGCAAGGUGUCCUAAUCAGUGAAGUCGUUCUAAGUGAUCGUUUCUCACCUCCAUCUAGGAGAGCAAAAAGGCGUCAAAGAAAACUUGCCAGGGAGAUGAAGAGACCAGGUGAGACAAUUAUCAAAGGUCACCGGAGUUAUGAUUUAAUGCUGAGUUUGCAGCUCGGGAUCAGAUAUACUGUGGGAAAAAUCACCCCCAUACAAAGGCGAGAAGUACGGGCUUCAGAUUUUGGUCCUCGUGCAAGUUUUUGGAUGUACUUUCCUAAAGUGGGGUCGCAGCUGACACCUCCACACCAGUCGGAGGAUUUCAAGUGGAAAGAUUAUUGUCCAAUGGUAUUCAGGAACCUGAGGGAGAUGUUUAAGAUAGAUGCUGCCGACUACAUGAUGUCCAUUUGUGGAAACGAUGCACUUAGAGAACUUUCUUCCCCUGGAAAAAGCGGUAGUGUUUUCUUUCUGUCCCAAGAUGAUCGCUUCAUGAUUAAGACAUUGCGAAAAUCAGAAGUUAAGGUUUUGCUCCGCAUGCUUCCAAACUAUCAUCUACAUGUGCGAACUUAUGAGAACACAUUGAUUACCAAAUUUUUCGGUCUUCACAGGAUAAAGCCUUCAAGUGGACAAAAGUUCCGCUUUGUAGUAAUGGGAAAUAUGUUCUGCACAGAACUGAGAAUCCAUCGACGAUUCGAUUUAAAAGGUUCUUCACUAGGGCGUUCAGCAGAUAAGGUUGAAAUUGAUGAAAAUACAAUACUUAAAGAUCUAGAUUUGAACUACUGUUUUUAUCUGGAGCCUACAUGGCAAGAGGCCCUGCUAAAGCAAAUUGAAAUCGAUAGCAAAUUUUUGGAAGCACAGCACAUUAUGGAUUACAGCCUCCUGUUAGGUGUUCACUACCGAGCUCCUCAAAACCUACGAUCUCUCGCAUCACACAGUAGACGAAUAACAGCAGAUGGAUUAGAAAUUGUUGCAGAAGAUGAAUCUUUGGAGGACGAAAUAUCUCCCCAAGGGCUUGUAUUGGUUCCACGCGAUGGAGAUGAUGGUAGCCUUGUUGUGGGGUCACAUAUCAGAGGCAGCCGAUUACGAGCAUCAUCUGCUUCAGGUGAUGAGGAAGUCGAUCUACUCCUCCCGGGAACAGCGAGACUGCAGAUCCAGCUAGGAGUAAAUAUGCCCGCAAGAGCAGAGUAUAUCCCCGGGAAAGACGAGAAACAGAUGUUUCACGAAGUGUACGAUGUUGUACUGUACCUGGGCAUCAUUGACAUCUUACAAGAAUACAACAUAACUAAGAAGAUAGAACACGCAUACAAAUCUAUACAAUUCGAUUCCGUGUCCAUCUCUGCUGUGGACCCUACGUUCUACUCUGAACGCUUCUUGGAGUUCAUCCGGAAGGUGUUCCCCGCGAAUGAAGUAACAAGUCAUCUGCCGAAGAAAGCUUUCUUGACAGAGAGAAUGGGGUUGCCGGCCACCGGACAGAGCAGCAGCAACUAUGAUCUGUCGUUUAAGAUAUUGUUGAUCGGAGAUUCCAGUGUCGGGAAGAGUAGCCUGCUCGUCAGCUUCAUUUCUAAUGGCGUCGACGAUCCUGCGCCCACCAUUGGUGUUGAUUUCAAGAUCAAGAUUCUCACAGUUGGUGGAAAGAAACUGAAACUCACAAUAUGGGACACAGCUGGACAGGAGAGGUUCAGGACAUUGACAACCUCGUACUACAGAGGUGCUCAGGGGAUCAUUCUUGUUUAUGAUGUGACAAGGAGAGAGACCUUCCUUAAUCUGUCUGAUAUUUGGGCAAAAGAGAUAGAGCUUUACUCCACUAAUCAGGAUUGUGUGAAAAUACUCGUCGGGAACAAAGUUGACAAAGAAUCUGAAAGAGUUGUGAGCAGUGAAGAAGGUGCAUCUCUGGCAAAUGAACUUGGAUGUCUAUUUCUUGAAUGCAGUGCUAAGACUAGAGAGAAUGUGGAAAAUUGCUUUGAAGAACUUGCAUUAAAGAUAAUGGAAGUGCCUAGUCUUUUGGAACAAGGAUCUAACAUAGGGAAGAGGAAUAUCUUAAAGCAGAAAGAGGAACAGCAGACACAAACUGGGAGUGGCUGUUGCUCAUAAAGAUUCCUUAACAAUUUGUGAAUAAAGUAAAUAAUGAUUUGGUUUUCUGUA